UAAUGUCGGGAGAAUAGCCUAUACUUAAAGCAUCUAAUGUAAAAUUAGACACAAUUGUAUUUUUAACAUCAAUAUUAGGCAGCAAUAAAAAUUAUUAAACUAGCUAAUGAUAAUCCAAUUAUUCAUUAGUAUGGUUAUCUCUUAGGAAUUUUUGAAGGUGAAACUAUUGAAGUUACUAAUUGCUUCCCUACUAUUGAUAUGGAUGAAGAAUAAGAUCAAUAGUAUGAAUAUUUAGAUUAUGCAAAAAAACAUCAUUUGGACUUUCACAAGCUUGGUUUAUAUCUCAUCACUGAUUAAAAUAAAUAUUUUACUUUAGGUUAAUUUGAUGAUAUCAAUAGACUAUAAUUCUUUGUUAAAUACACCUUUAUCUUAGUAUAUUCCUUGUAAUUGGCAAAAUCUGGUCAUUCAUAUCCAUUAUAUGCAUUUUUGGUAUUUUAUAGAUUAAUGAGAAAUAUUCAGAAAUUUAUUCUAAAGAUGAAUUUUCAAUGUUGGAUAUAAAGAAUGAUAAAUUAUACAGAUAACUUCCUAUAGAAUUACUCAAAACUCAAUUAACAGAAGUAAAUCAAAUUCUUAUUAGGCUAUUUUGCAUCAAUACAGAACCUCAAUUGAAGAGAAAUUUGAGUAUGAAGAAACAAAAUUCACCUCCAAUAUGUCAAAUUAUGGUAGAUAGUUAAUUGAAACAAUUGAAGAAUAGGUGAAUUUAUCAGAUAAAAUCAAUUCGUCUACUUUGAAUAAAAAGGAGGGAAAUAAUGUAAUUAAUUAAAGCUAAUUAUUAAGUAGCCUGAAUUAUUAGAAUAUUUAAUAUCCAUGAAUAAGCUUUAUUAUUUAGCAGAAGCAAUUAAAAAAGAAACAUAAUUUACAAUAGAAACUGAAUAAGUUUUGAAAAAUAUAUGAAA